GUUGUCACCUUGGCCUCCCAAGGUCGUGUCUUAGGUUGUUAUCCACAUUGCAACUAACUGAUAUCCAACGUGGUAAUGCGAACAGUGACGGCGUCUAGGAAUCCUACUGCCAUGAAGCAAACAAGUCACUGCAUAUACUUAUUCAUCCAGAACUGCUCAUGUGACUGCACUAUCACUCAUCGGACAUUAGCAAAUACCUGAAACGCUACCGAAACAAUAAGAAGCUAGCUCAAAAAGUCAAUCGGCUUAUACUAGCUCAUGGAAAAGAUAUCGGGUAGUGGCGGGUAUUCCAUAAUAUAAUUGUUCGACGACGUUGCAGAUAUCAGUCAUUUACGAUUCCAGUAUACUCUGAUGUUUAUAGGCUUUACUGCCGUAGUUAAUAAGUACAUAUAUAUUGAAUAUGUUGAACAAGACAUCAGCUAAUGCUUUUUCUAUCUUCGAUAUUAUAUUCCAGGUUUAUUGUUCAUGCUCUAUUGUCCUAACAAUACUGUGCAAUUAGAUGUUACUUUCUAGCAUAGAAACCAUGGAAAUUCUCUUUGCUAUAUAUGUCACCAUCUUAGUUUUCAUCUGUCCUUACACAAAAGUAGAAGAAAGUUUUGGUAUACAGGCAUUACACGAUUUGCUUUAUUUGCAGACUAACACAACUAUGUAUGAUCAUAAGUUUUUUCCAGGUGUUGUACCAAGAUCAUUUCUGGGUUGUUUAUCUGUUGCCUCGAUUGCAUCACCACUAGUUUAUGUCAAUUCUUUGUUAGGAAUGCAUAAGUUCAUUGCUCAAUACAUUGUUAGAAUAUGCUUAGGAUUAAUAACAGCCAUGAGUUUAAUCAAUUUUGCACGCUGCGUGAAGAAAGUCUUCGGUAAACAUGUAUACCUACGUCUUCUUAUGAUAUGCUGCAGUCAGUUCCAUUUGGCAUUUUAUGCUUCGCGAACAUUACCAAAUACAUUUGCUUUCAUACUUGUCUUAUAUUCAUUGGGUCAUCUCAUCACUGGCAAUCAAACAAAAUUUAUUGUAUCAGCUGGAUUUGCAAUACUUGUAUUUCGUAGUGAAUUAAUUUUAUUAUAUGGACCAUGUGCAGUUUAUGGUCUAUGGAAUGGAUUAGUGAAAUUCCAUUGGAAACUAUUUUAUACAAUCAUUAUAACAGCUAUGAUUAGUAUUGGAUCUAGUGUUUGCAUUGAUUCACUAUUAUGGAAUAGAUUCAUUUGGCCAGAAUUAGAAGUAUUUUAUUUUAAUACUAUUUUAAAUAAAAGUGGACAAUGGGGAACUUAUCCAUUUCAUUGGUAUUUCACAUCAGCAUUACCAAAAUCACUUUUAUCUACUUAUGUGUUAUUAACAACUGUCUGGUUGAUGACAAUCAUUUGCUCAAUAUUUAAACAAACAACUAUUAAUGGUUAUUCAAUAAUAAUUUAUUUACAAUCUAUUGGAUUACUACUUGUUGGUUUAAUAUUUAUUAGUUUAUAUUCAUUUUUACCACAUAAAGAAUUACGUUUUAUUAUGUAUAUAUUACCUAUAUUUAAUUUAGUAGUAGCUGACAUAUGGAAUUAUAUAGAGAAACCAAUGUUAACCGCCAAACAAACAUAUUUCAAUUUAAUUCGAAGCAAACAUAAGCCAAAUCGUAUAACAAAUUUUCGUAUUUUAUUGAUUUUCUGUUUUUAUACACAUCUACUUGUUAAUAUUCUAUGUUCCAUGAUAUUGAUUAUGGCUGCAAGAGAAAAUUAUCCCGGUGGUGAAGCGUUGGCUAAAUUAAAUCAAAUGAAUCGAACUGAUGUUCAUGUUCAUAUAUGUAAUUUAGCUGCACAAACUGGUGUAACACAUUUUCUAGAAGAGAACGAUCAAUGGAUUUACAAUAAAACAGAAGGUUUCGAAACGAAUUACAGCGUGUUAAACUCAUCACAAUUUACACAUAUCAUAUCAGAAUUAUCAACAGAAUUAAUCCAACAAAAUUUACCAUCUUUUAUGCCAAUUUUUCAAAUUGAUUGUUUCAAUGGAAUACAAUUUCGCAGAAAUUGGCAUUUUUGGAAAAUGAUUCAUUUGAAUACAAGACCUUGUUUGUUUGUGUAUGAACGAAGAAAUAGUGAUUAAUUCCUUUUUUUACUUUUUUUAUAGAAAAAAA